AUGCACGCGAUGCUGGCAGCGUGGACGUUACUCGGCGUGGCCGCGUCGUCGGACCCAUGGCCGGCCGCCGCGUCCACCGUCGAUGAGACAGCUGACUCGUACACUACAGCGUACCUGAACGUGACCAGCUACGACGUGGCCACGGGCGUCGCGGUUCAGACGGAAAAAUCGGAGAUCGGCAAGUUCGGCGAGUAUCACGUGGGGGCCGCGUCCGGGAUGCUGUUGCACGUCAUCGGCACAGACGGUGACCGCAACGGGUGCGCUCCCCCCGUCCAUGGCGUCCAGGAACCGCCGGACGCCGGGCCCUGGAUAGCACUGGUGCGCAGGGGCAAGUGCAGUUUCCAGACUAAAGUGGACAACGCGCGACGGGCCGGCGCCUCAGCCGUGAUCGUCUACAAUGACCGCGAAGCCACCGACCUCGACAAAAUGAAACUGACGCCUUCUGAACCUAGAAAUGUCAGUGCAGUUUUCACGUAUAAAUGGAAGGGCGAGGACAUGGCCCGAAUGUUGGACGACAUGACCAGGAGGGUGAUGGUGAAAAUCACAAUAGCCAGUCAUUGCACCAGGCCAUACGGUAACAUUAACAGAACUUCCGUAUUGUUUGUAAGCAUAUCGUUCAUAGUGCUUAUGGUCAUAUCUUUGGCAUGGCUUGUAUUCUACUACAUACAAAGGUUCCGGUAUAUACACGCUAAAGACCAACUGUCAAGACGAUUAUGUAAUGCGGCCAAAAAAGCGUUGUCAAAGAUACCUACCAAGCACAUCAAAAUGGAUGACAAGGAGAUCGUUGGUGAUGGUGACUGUUGUGCAGUGUGUAUUGAACCAUACAGACCGUCCGAGGUGGUACGGAUACUGCCGUGCCGACAUGAAUUCCACAAAAGCUGUGUAGAUCCUUGGCUGUUAGAGCACCGAACUUGCCCAAUGUGCAAAAUGGACAUACUCAAGCAUUACGGGUUCUUGUUCACAGGCAGUCAAGAGAGUUUCCUGCACGUGGAAGUCGAAGAGGUGACCAACGAUUUCGACGUGUACCAGUACGCACGUGGUCGGAGUUUCAUGGACACGGCGCAAAACUCGAGAACGAUACCGGACGUAGCCGCGGUGGCAGUGGCGGCGGCGGCAGCGGUCGUGUGCGAGUCGCCCGACAGUAGGUCGUCGACGCCCGACGAACUGACGCCCGCGCUGGCCCAACACGACGGCGGCGGCGCCGGCGGUGGCAGUGGCGACGGCCGUUCUACAGACGCCGCCACCAACUGCACAACGGUCGCCGCCGGCACCAACCGAUCGACGUCAUUCGGUGAGUACGCAGCUGAACGCGAGCUUUUGAACCUUUUUCGCAGUGAUGCUCCCAUCGAUUUUUUUAAUGUUUACUUAGUGGCCGUCGAGUGUCCUACCAGGGAUAUUUUUACUUUACCGAUGGUUUAUAUUAGGAGGGGUGACUGA